AGUCAAGCGGGUCUCUUUCUUUCCCUUCCUCCUCCUCUCCCGUCGUCGCAGUCUCCUCUGCUCUCUCCCGCUCUCGACACCUCCUAGCUCGGCUAGGGUUUUACUUUCCCCUCCGACAAGCUUUCACCGGCGACGAGCGCCACCAUGACGGCCGCCGAGCUGCUCCGCGCCCAGCUCGGGGAGCACAACAUCGAGGAAGAUGACCCUAUCCUUGAGGAUGAUGAGGAUGCGGAUGAAAUGGAUGACGAUGAUGUUGAGGGAGGUGAUGCUAGUGGAAGAUCAAGGAGUGAGAAGAAGUGCAGGAAAGCCAUGGAGAAGCUUGGCAUGAAGGCCAUUACUGGUGUGAGCCGUGUAACUAUCAAGCAGAGCAAGACCGUUACGUUUGUCCUCUCCAAGCCAGACGUCUUCAAGAGCUCGCACUCAGAAACCUAUGUCAUGUUCGGGGUGGUCAAGAUGGAGGACAUGGACGCUCAGCUGCUGACAGAAGCGGCGGGGCAGUUCAAGGCGCCGGGACCGAGCAGCGUCAUCUCAAAGGGUGAGCCGUCCGUGGCAGCAGCCCAAGACGACAAGGAGGUCGACGAGACGGGCGUUGACUACAAGGAUGUUGAGGUCGUGAUGAUGCAGGCCUCUGUGUCGAGGUCCAGGGCUGUGAAGGCGCUCAAGGCUGCAGAUGGUGAUAUUGUCAGCGCCAUCAUGGAGCUGACUUACUAGGUGAUGAUAGGGUGAGGGGUCCCAAAUCAGUCUUGGUCAUGUCAUCUUGAAUGUUGCAGUUGUGGAAUUGGAGGCUCUAUGUCUGUUGAAACUAGUACUGGCAUGUAGGGUUUAGAGGCGUUUAACAUCUGGGGACCAGAGAACUGCUUGCUCUUAUGCGAAAAUCUGAAUUGGCUGUGCCAAAUUUUGCUACAAA